UUUUUAUAUGGACUUAAUCAAUCGAAAUGGAUGGUAAAACGAAGGACGCAUUAUCGCUUUUAACCUUUUUAUGUUAUGUGUGUUUGUGCACAAGUCAGGACUCUUACUACUUUAGCCGGAAACCAGAGAGUCAGUCUGUUGCUGAAAAUAGUGAAGCCAUCCUCUAUUGUGACGUAUCGAACAGAAAGUUCAUAGAAUUCAGCUGGCUUUUAGGGGAACAGCCGAUUCAAGACACAAGUCGGAGAUUUCAGGAGGGCAGCAACUUAAGGAUACUUCGUGUAACAAGGAACGAGGAUGAAGGGCCUUUCAAUUGUGUCGCAACAAACAGAUCCACUGGCUUUGCCCUGCAGAGUACUGAUGCCAUGCUCAACAUACAAU